AGAAUGCACUUUUGAAAGAAAAAUAACACAUUUUAAAUACCAUUUGGGCUGCUUCUUUUGAACCUUUGAACCUUUUCAACAUACUGCCCAUUUUUCUGACUUGUGGUCUUUAAAUAUCUCUUUCCUCUUUUCCUAAUCUGAAUACUUCAUAUUCUUCUUUAGAUUCGAAAAAGGGUUGUGUUUUUUUGCUUUCUGGGUCUUGAUAAUAUACUGUCUGUUAGUUACAUCUAAUCCUAGCGUAUAGGCUCCUAAUCGUUGAUCUUUUCCCCGGGAAAUCGUGUCUUUUAAAUAUUAUUUGGAUUUGGAGUGAUUUUCAAAGAUCUUGCGUUUUAAAUCUCAACCUCCGUGUUUCUUAAACGCGUUUUUACCUUUAUCCUCUUUGUUUUGUUUUUUUCUUUAACCUUUAUCCUCUUUGUUUUUUGCACAUUAGAUUUUUUGUUGUUUGUUUCGUGUGUGUGUGUUACAGCUUUAUCGGUGUAAGAAAAGGACUUAGCAGUUGAAGUGUUGGUUGGGUUUUAGGUUUUCAAACUCACGAGAAAACUUUUGGUUUCUUGUUGAUCACACAAGAAAGUGUUUUCUUCUUCUCGUGACUUCUUCGCCUAAAAUUUUCUUCCUCGUUUAAAAACGCAAGAAAGCAGGGGGAAGUAAGAAAGAAAACUUAUCAAAGUCUCUCUCUCUUCUGUUGCUUAUUACAAUGGAACCAUCUGCAGUCAGUGAUGAGAAGAGACUCACCGUUGACUUGGUCAGGGAUAAAAAUGGAACCGAUCAGGUUCUUCUCAAGAAUCCUAAAGGCGCUUCUGUAAAGAUAAGUUUACACGGAGGACAAGUUCUUUCUUGGAAGACUGACAAGGGUGAUGAGUUGUUAUUCACUAGCGCCAAGGCUAACUCGAAGCCUCCCCAUCCGGUACGUGGAGGAAUCCCUAUAUGCUUUCCUCAGUUUGGCACUCGAGGAUCGCUUGAGCAACACGGUUUUGCAAGAAACAAGAUGUGGCUUGUUGAAGAGAAUCCACCUUAUUUACCUUCAUUCUACUCAACUGAUAAAGCCUUUGUCGAUUUGGUACUUAAACCCUCUGAUGAAGACACAACAAGGAUCUGGCCUCAUAGCUUUGAGUUUCACCUGAGAGUUUCAUUGGCACUAGAUGGGAACCUAGCACUGAUAUCUCGAGUCAGAAACAUCAACUCAAAGCCUUUUAGCUUUUCCAUUGCUUACCACACUUACUUCUCCAUUUCUGAUAUCAGUGAAGUUAGAGUUGAAGGACUGGAAACUCUUGACUAUCUUGAUAACUUGUUUGAUAAAGAGCGGUUUACUGAGCAAGGCGAUGCACUAACCUUUGAGUCUGAGAUUGAUAGAGUGUACUUGAACUCUAGAGACGUGGUUGCCGUUUUCGACCAUGAGAAAAAACGUACUUUCCUCAUCAAGAAAGAAGGUCUACCAGAUGUUGUGGUGUGGAAUCCAUGGGACAAGAAAGCUAAAGCGUUGACUGAUUUGGGAGAUGAAGAGUAUAAACAUAUGCUUUGUGUUGAUGGAGCAGCUAUUGAGAAACCAAUCACGUUGAAACCAGGUGAAGAAUGGACCGGGAAAUUAAAUCUCUCGCUUGUCCUCUCCACCUGAAAACCGGUAUCGGUUAUCUUUAAACCGAUUGACCCUCUUUUAUAUGUUUGGUUUGUUAUUUAGUCUAUAGAACAACAUCGCAGUAUGUGUGAUUCUUCGGUAUCAAAUCCUGAAUAUUAAAAGGAAACCUGAGAUUUGAAAAUGUCACCGUUUUUAGGCAGUGACAAGAUCCUGGUUUUGUCCGAAAUUUAACUUGUGUGUGAAGAUAAGAUACUAUAUGAACUUGUGUAUGGGUUCACUAUUAUUUAAAGCUAUCUUGUUCUCAUGUUUAACAGUUGUUGAAUUAAUAUUUUUUAAAACCAUAAA